GUAGCCAUGAGAACCUGUACUUUUUUGUCCGCGGCGAUCGGCCUUCCUUUCUCUCAUCCCUCCCCAACCGUCCCAACUGAGCCCUUCCCAUUGACUGGCCCCAUCCCCCUUUUCGCGGUGACUAGGUGGUUAGCUUUCAGUGUCUUUCUCUCCUUCUCCUUCUUCCUUCUUCCUCUUCUCCCUCACUUUGCUUAUUUGUUUUGCCUCGCCCGGGGGUCCCAGCUACCCCGCUGCCACCAUGACCAUCUAUAUUGCUUCGCUAUUCCUGCCCUAUACGGUCAACUUUCACGUCAGCGACCCCAAGACUCGUCGCGCGGAAGGGACAACCCCCCAAUCAGCCAACCCCGCCGAGACUGCUACUACUUCCACCCCCAACGUGGCCCUGAGCUUGUUCGAAAGAAACAAUGGCGGCCCAAGCGUUGGUCUUACGCCGGGUGCCACCACUGAGCAUGAACGGAUUUUCGCAGCAGACAUUUCUAAAGCGGAGCAAGAGCACUCCGGGUUUCCGUUCCCUCCCAAAACAGAUGGUGAUGUGAAUCUCUUGACGGAGAGUGAGGCUCACUCCCCGGCAUGGGGUUCGACGUUAGCUUUGAACCAACCUCGACCGCGCGCAGCAUUUCCAGCCUCUCCUUCCAUCCUCAGGCACCAAGACCUCACUACGCCAGGCGCAGAGUCACCAAAAGAGAAGGCAAAGCCGGCCCCCAAGCCGCCAAUCGCGCAUGUCCACGACCAUUGGGGAGGCCACAGCCGCAAAAGCUCAUUUUCGUACGCCGAAUGGACCAUCGAGACGGCCGAGCAGGGCAAUGGGGGCUUGCGCAAUGCCGUGCGGUCGGCCACGGACGCCGGACAACUGGAAGACAAAGCCUGGGUGGGAACGUUGGGGAUGCCCACCGAUGCCCUACCGGAACACACUAAAGCGGCGAUCGCCGAGAAGCUGGAAGAUGAAUAUGGAUCUUUGACCGUCUACGUCAGUGACGGUGACUUCGAUGGUCACUAUACCCAUUUUUGCAAGACGAUUCUCUGGCCGGUGUUCCACUACCAGAUCCCGGAUAACCCCAAGAGCAAAGCUUACGAAGAUCACUCAUGGAUCUACUAUGUUAAGACUAACCAGGCCUUUGCCGAGUGCAUCGCGCGGAAUUGGAAGCGUGGAGAUUCCAUCUGGGUGCAGGAUUACCACCUGCUGCUCGUUCCGGCCAUGCUGCGGAAACUGCUUCCGGACGCACAGAUCGGCUUUUUUCUACAUAUUGCCUUCCCCUCCUCGGAAGUGUUUCGGUGCCUGGCGCCUCGCAAGGAGCUUCUUGAAGGAAUGCUUGGCGCGAAUCUGGUAGGGUUCCAGACGGAGGAAUACUGUCGCCACUUCCUCCAGACGUGCAGCCGUAUUCUCUGUGUGGAAGCCACCAAUGACGGGCUGCAGCUGGAGGAUCGGUUUGUCAACGUGAGCAAGUUCUCAAUUGGUAUCGACCCAACGUCAUGGGACCAACGCCGGCAGGCCGCCGACGUGGAACGAUGGAUCAAGACUAUCUCGGACCGCUACGAGGGGAAACGGCUCAUCGUGUCGCGCGACAAAAUCGACCAGGUGCGCGGAAUCCGGCAGAAACUGCUAAGCUAUGAGCUCUUCCUGAACACAUAUCCCGAAUUGCGAGAUCAGGUUGUGUUGAUCCAAGUGGCGACCAGCACCACUGAACAGCCCGAGCUGGAAGCGACAAUCUCCGACAUCGCAAUGCGGAUUAACUCAACCCACUCCACUCUUGCUCAUCAGCCUUUGGUUUUCUUGAAGCAGGACUUGGCAUUCCCCCAGUACCUCGCCUUGAUUUCCGUGGCGGACGCUCUGAUCAUCACCAGCUUGCGUGAAGGCAUGAACUUGACCAGCCAUGAGUUUGUCUACUGCCAAGACGGUAAAUGGGGCAACAAGAAGUACGGGUCUCUCAUCUUGAGCGAGUUCACUGGCAGCGCAUCCGUGUUCGGCGACCAUGCGCUACUGGUCAACCCCUGGGACUACCGUCAAUGUGCAGAGGCCAUCCAUACCGCAUUGUCGAGAGAUGAAAGGGAACGUCAGGAAGUGUGGACGCAGCUACACCAGGCGGUUUUACAGAAUUCCACCCACAAUUGGGUCAAGUCAUUCAGCGAGACUUUGAGCCGGGUCUGGAACGAGCAGUCGUCGCGAGAGAUUAUGGCCGUACCUCGGCUGCAGGUAAACAAACUAGAGGAGAUGUAUCGUCGGUCGUCGCGCCGGCUGGUCAUCGUGGACUACGAAGGCACGCUCGCCUCCUGGGGCUCGCCAAAGAGUAUCAUUGUCACUACGCCGCAGCGCGCGAUCACCACGCUGGCCGAACUGACCGAGGACCCACAGAAUGUGGUGUACGUCAUGAGCGCGAGAAUGCCCGAGGAGAUGGAACGGCUGUUCCGUUUGGUCAGCGGCCUGGGUCUGAUUGCCGAGAACGGGUGCUUUGUGCGCGAGCCGCACUCGGAGACCUGGCUUAAGCUGACAGACAAGGUUCAGACGGACGCGUGGAAGGCGGCGGUGCUCCACAUCUUGGAGUACUAUCAGGAGCGUGCGGAGGGAAGCUGGGUCGAGCAACGGCACUGCUCGCUCAUGUUCCACUAUGAGUCGGCCGAGGACCAGGGGGCGGCGUCGCGGCUGGCGUCGGAGUGCGCGGGGCAUAUCAACGAUGCCUGUAUGAACCAAGGGGUGCAUGCCGUCCCCGUGGAGCGCGCACUGGUCGUGGAGCCGGCGGGCAUCAACAAGGCGUCGGCAGCGGAAGUAGCGUGGCGAUCAUGUCUCAAGAAGAGCCAGCGGGAUGAGAAUGUCGGACGCCCGGACUUUCUGCUAGCUAUUGGGGAUGGUCGCGAUGACGAGGCGGUGUUUCGGUGGGCCAACAAGCUGGCCAGCGCGGGGGGAGUCAACUACGCCAUGACCGUCACGCUCGGUUCUCGCAGCACGGAGGCUAAGGCGACCUUGACCCAGGGAGUGACAGGAGUCCUGUCGUGUCUGGAGAAGCUGGCUGCACCCCGAAGCGGCUCAUGAGGCUUACGAAAAUGACUGGACGGAAGGAGCCUAUCCUACGAGGACAUGAUGCAUGAAUGGAUACAUAGUACUAUCUACAUCGGUAUACGAGCCCCUAAAAGCAAGCAGACUGGCGCGUGGGCUGGAUUUGAAUGGAUUUAGAGAGCGACGGGAGCUUUGCGGGAGUCUUUGCGGGAGGGGGCACAUAGACGAGGCCACAAUAACACCGGAGACUCUCCUAUCUACUUAUAUACCGUUAUACAAUAUUCCUAAGUGUACGGAAUAGGUAUCUAGUUAACAUAAUUCCCAACCGAG